CUGACCUUUGGCAUAGCGGCUCAUUACAUCAGCAUCUUCCAGGAUACCAAUCCCUACCCAACGAGCGAAAUGAUAAGCAGAGGCUACGCCAAAUCGCUCAUCGCUUCGGUAGUUGUUGCGGCCGCGUCCGGUGUCAGUAUCUCCUUUGCCAUUCUCUCAAACAGCUUGGCCGCCAUGAUCGGCAACGCCAUUUCCCUAUCUCUUCUCCCUCCGGCUGUGAAUUGUGGUCAAUUUUUCCUGCUCUCUGUGCUGGCACUCUUGGACCGACCCUACGUCAUGGUAAGUCUCAUUCUUCGAGUUUUUCUACAAGUAGAUACGUAUGGUUAA